GUACGGAAUCCUGGUGGAUCCCAUCCAGGUGGUCUCGCUGUUCCUCAAGGACCCCUACAGCUGGCCCAGCCCCUGCCUGGUCAUUGGUACGGGCUCUGUGUCGGAGCGCGCGGGCUGGGCGCUGCGCUGCCUCAACCUCCUGAGCAUCCUCUGCUUCCCGGCCGCCGUGGUGCUGCUGCUGCCCUCCGUCACCCCGGUGGGCGCCGCCUUGGCGCUGGGCGUGCACACCGUGCUCUUCCUCAAGCUCUUCUCCUUCCACCACGUCAACGAGUGGUGCCGGCAGCGCCCCCGGAACGCGCCCAAAACACCCCAAAAACCCCCCGAGGGGGGGGAGGAAGCCCGCAGAGCCAACGGGGACCUGGCGCGCGGGGAGGUGGAGUACCCGGAGAACCUCAGCUACCGCACCCCUCCCCCCCCCCAGCUUUUCUUCACGCAGCUCCUGGUGGGGCUCAUCCAGCAGUGGAUGGUUCCGACCAUCCAAAAUUCCAUGAAACCGUUUCGGUACCUGGUGAGCGUCCCCCUGCGCAUGUUCCGGCUCUGGGCCUUCAUGGGCAUGGCGGCGCAGAUCCCGCUGGCCUGGCUGGUGGCGCGGUUCCUGCGGGGGCACUACGGCAACGCGGCCGUGUGGCUCUCGCUGAUCCUGGGCCAGCCCGUGGCCGUGCUCAUGUAUGUGCACGACUACUACGUGCUGCACUGCGCUAACCCGGGAUAACCCGGGAUAAACCCGGGAUAA